UCGUGAGCGCGUUUGAUAUUGUGUUUCGUGAUUGAAUCCCGUUAGAAUUGUCGAAAUCUUUGUAUCACCGUGCCUCGUCAAGUCGCCACCAAGAAAAGAUUCUUUUCGUCUCGCGGUGAAUCGUCUUCAACAAUUGCAAGAUUCUCAACGAGUGAAUCCUGUGUUCGAAUCGACGUCGCAAUCAGUCGCGAUUGCCGUAGUGUGAUCAAAAGAAAAUGGCCGCCGCCGCGGCUGCCGCGCUGCUCGAUGAGCUUAUGGGCAGAAACAGGAAUGUCUUGCCCAAUGAAAAACCCAAAGAACUCAACUGGGAAGAUCCCGAGUUUUGUAAGCUGUAUCUGGUGAAAUUUUGUCCGCAUGAUUUAUUCGUUAACACAAGAGCAGACUUAGGUGCAUGCCCCAAGGUACACGACGACGAGGCCAGGGAACUGUUUGAAAAGGCGCCGCAUUCAUAUCGUAAACAGCAAUACGAGGAUGAGUUUAUCAGGUAUUGUCAGAGUAUGUUAAACGAAGUGGAGAGAAAAAUCAUAAAGGGAAAGCAGCGAUUGGCACUGAUUGGGAGAACAGAAGCACCGACGUUAACUCCAGCCCAAACUCAGAGGAAUGAGGAACAGAUCGCUCUACUAACAGAGAAAAUUAAUAAGUUGGUUGAAGAAGCCGAGCAAAGUGGAAUUCAAGGUAAUGUAGAGCAAGCACAGGGCCUAAUGCGUCUUUGCGACCAGUUGAAAGAAGAACGCGAAACUCUGAGGAAAUCCAAUGAUAACAGUCAUUAUAACCAAACUGCUGAGCUAGCAGCCGCACAGGAGAAACAAAUGGAGGUAUGCGACGUAUGUGGUGCAUUUCUUAUCGUGGGUGAUGCUCAGCAGCGGAUUGAUGAUCAUCUAAUGGGAAAACAACACGUGGGCUAUGCCAGGCUAAAGAGCGCUCUUCAAGAGAUUAUGAACAAGCGUGAGAAGGCGCGCGACGAGAAAGAACAAAGAAGAGAGGAGGAACGGAAGCAAAGAGCACGAGCAAACGAGGAGCUCGACCGACGACGAAGAGAUGGCGAUAGAGAUAGAGAUCGCGACAGAGAAAGAGACAAGCGUCGCAGGCGAAUGGAUGACGACAAGAGCCGCCAUGAUUCAGGCGGUCAUAGCAGAAAUAUGAUGUUCAAGAAUCGAAUGAGCCAAUGUAACGGGGAUGUUGCUUAUUACAGAAAUUCUAGGCAUAGAAGUAGAAGUAGAUCGCGAGAUAAACAUCAUCGAGAUGAAGAUAGUCAUCGACGUCACGGUCGAGAUAAAGGGAGUCGUGAUCAUCGUAGUUCCAGCCAUCAUAACCGUCGCCGUCACCGCUCGCGAAGUCGAAGUCACAAGUAACUUCUCUUGAUUGGUACUCUAUUGAUCCAGGUGAGUUGCCAUUCCGAUGCACAUAAUACAUAUACAUGAUAAUAUAAUCUGUGAUGUUUGAAGCGCCGCGUAAGUCACACAGCAAGUUCAUUUCACUCUCUCUGAAAUACACUCUGUUUCUCUCCGCCUCUCUCUGUCUAAUCUUCCAGAAUAGUCAUGCUUUCAUGAAAAAUGAACGCGCUGUAAUAUAAAAUUCGAGAAACAAAUUAUGUUCUUUCGUUUUUUCCUUAACAUCAAAAUUUGUUAGUGACGCAAUCACGUAUAUAGAGCUGGGUUAUCAAUAAUAAAAUGUACAGAAUGUAAUAGGUACACUUAUUGUUAUAUAGAGUGUUGUAAAUAUAUUAUAUAUAAAAAGACAAAAUGCUUUGGCGUAAUGGUACUAUGAUAUGCUUUUGUAGAAUUAAAAUCGAGAAAAUUAAAUUUAAAUUUGUUU